CCUCCCAGUAGUAUAUUCCAGGAUUCUUCAAAUGGACGGAGCAGCGGCACCGAAUAGAGGAGGAAAAUUGGAUUGAAGCGGGAUCCGUUAGCUGGUAUCACGGAGCCUCACCCAGGCUUCUUAUUCUGAUUCCAGUUUGAGCCCAUGGAGAACAUGAGUGGCGUGUUCUUGACAGAGAAUGAUGCCAAUUCCAUCUUAAAGCGAUACCCAAGAGCCAACGGUUUUCUUGAAGAGAUAAAGCAAGGGAACAUUGAACGUGAAUGCAGAGAAGAGUUGUGCAGCUACGAGGAGGCAAGGGAGGCAUUUGAAAAUGAUGAGAAGACUGAUGCGUUCUGGAAAGAGUAUACCAAAAGCCACCAGGGAGACGUCAACUCUGACAGCAACUGGUAUCCAUUUUAUUUGGCCUUCCCAUUGAUCAUAGUUUUUUUUGUCAUCCUCGUCAUUCUUUUUCUGGUGUGGAGGUGCGUUUCUAAAAAGAAGGCAAGUAGGCAGACGGCUUAUGCACCCAGAGGAGUUCGGGAAAAUGUCGCUGAGGCGGGGAUCGAUCCCUAUGGAGCAAGAAGCCAUCAUUCACAAUAUCAUGGCUCUGCCAUGUGUUCUCUGGAGGAUGCUGUCGACCGGGGAGGGCAUCCUUCGGGUUUUGUGGAUUAUGAUGUACAUUCUGAUACUCUGUCUGCUGGCUUAUCAAACUCUGAUCCUCCCCCUUCCUAUGAGGAAGCAACAGGAGAGAGGUGUGUAACAAUAAGCGGACCUCCCCAAAAUCCCUCUGAGCCACCUCCACAUUAUGAAGAUAUAGUUUCCUCUGCUGUCACAAUACCUCAAGUCUCCACUGUCAAGUAACUUUGAUUUUUUUUUUUUUUUUUAUUAUUGCUUAUUGAAGCAUUUUAAACCACAAUGUUUUUGCCUUUUGGACAUUUUACUUUAACUUUC